AUGCUGUCGACUCUGGUCGAUGUGAAGGCAAAGGAUGCGAUGAGGUCAGCUCUUGAGGAUUUUUCUGUCCAAUCGGUGUUGGAGCAGGCCCGUAGCGUAACCAGGAGCGAUGUGAACAGCUGCGGGCCAAAGCAAGUAGCUGCAUGGAUUGCAGCAAACCUGGUUUCUGCCAAGUACGACGCUUCUGCGAUCCAACAGGCACUUGGUCUGCUGACUGGGAUGACUGGCACGCAGCUGGUCGGAGUCACGCAAGAUCAGCUCGAGCACCGGUACAAGCUACAGGCUGCGAGCGCUGAUUCCCUGUUCGAGGCGUCGACCUUUCGUGACCUCGUGAAGGACGAGGCGAAGGUCCAGUACAACCAUGAAAACAAGGUGUGGGUAUAUGGCCGUCCGACAAGUUUCCCCCCAUGUGGCUACGUCCCAGACGCGCAGAAAAUAAGCGUCAAUGGCACGCAUAGCUCAGCGAUUCUGUUUAAGAACUCCGAAGGCAAGAGUUGUAUCCCAACCUUCCACGGAGAAAGUGGCAGUGGAAAGACUUUGCUUGCUGUGAUGAAGCCGGCUAUCCAACUGCAAGCCGAAGCAGGCGAUACUGUUCGGGUGUUCACUAUGACCGUCAGUGCCGAGGAGGCGCAAGAGAUCAGCCAGGCCGAAAGCAAAGAUGAUCGCGAUGACCGGUGCAAAGCCAAGGUCAUGAACACAUUCAAGAAGUGCAUCAAGUCGGCUUUGGGAGACCCAGGGGGUUCUGAGACGUAUCUGCUCCAAACCUGGCCGUACCUGAAGCUAAGGCUGGAAAGCCCUAAUCCAGACGAUCUUGGCAAUGUUGUAUUUGUAAUCGAUGAGAUUGGAACAUGCCUCGAUUUUGCACGUGGGGUGGCGUCACAACAAGAGGAGAUAUACAAGGACAUGCGGCAGUUUUGCAAGGGCCAAUUGGUCAUGGCAGGCACUGCAGGUGCAGGCACUGUGGCAUAUCAGCCAUCUGUGGGAGUGUCGACAAAGCCAGAGCAAGUUUGCCUAGUCUUCGUCGGCAGCGUGAACGAAGCAACCUUCGGGCUUGCCAUAUGUGAAGCAAUGCUCCCCCGUGAAACUUGUGCAGUGAGCUACGACGACUUGAUGGAGGUCACAUCUAUGAAGGCAUAUCUCAGUAACGCACGGACUGCAGUCUUGUUAGUGGAGGAGGUCGCGCGAUGGGUCAACAAGAAACCCGCAAACGUUGCAAAAGAAACCGUGCGUGACGCAUGGAAGCGUAGUCCUCAUUUGACGAGCUAUUUGGUGCCGAGCAAGUACAAAAUGCUCAAUGGCCUGCAGAGCGUGACGUCCAUUCGUGAUCAUGCCGAUUGCGCUUUGAAGCUGCUGAUGCACCCUUCGCUUCUGAAAAGCAAAGAUAUUCCAGAACCUGAAGCUGCCAUGAGGUGUGUGAUGCUGGGACUCGUGGCUAUUCCAGAUUCUCAACAAGCUGCAGCAAUACACGCCUGUCCCACUGGCAACAAGUCAUAUUUCUCAGAAACCACUUUCGACUCCUCCGAGGCUCUGAAGCAGAUGCUGCUUGCUGCAUUCGAAGUUCCGGCCAUUCUUCCAAAGGACGGACUGUCACUGGAACUCGUGGUGGCCGAGGCCCAGAGGCGCUUCUCAGAAGUGCUGACAGGCAAUCGAGCUACCCUGAAGCAUCUGCCGUAUGCUAUGCCUCCAGUGGACAAUCAGGAUAUGGAAGGCAUUCCAGAGAACACAUUCGUGGCGAUUCUUGACGCGCUUGAUUCCCUGCAAACAGUCGUACUGGUCAACGGACCCAGUGCGCAGGGAGCUGACAUCAUCCUGCUUCGACGGGCUCAGCAUACCAAGAAGCCUUUUGUUCGCUUAGUGCAGGUUAAGAACCGGAAUCGUGCGGCGAACCAGACGGAUGUCGUGAGAACAUUGGGAGUUGCAGCAAAGGCAAACGCACCCCAGAGCAAAUUUCAGAAACCUAACCCCUGGUCUGCGAUGGUACUGAAAUGGUUCUGCCGGGUGGUGAGCGAGAGGAAGCGCAAGAACUUGACAAGCCAGUUUGGAAAGGUGCGAGAACUGAAAGGCAAAGUUAGAGAGAUGGACGUGGAUGUGGAGCUUGUUCUCCUCGAAAGAGUGACGACCAAACAGGUAUCCAGCGAGUCCCUAUUCAUCAACCUCGCUCGCUGGGAGAUUGUCACUGCGUGGAGCCUGGGAAGUAUGAAGUGGAUGAUCCUGACCGUUACCCCCUAA